CCGCCCCGGCCGCGGCCCGACCCAGCGGGAGGAAGAUGGCGGCGCUCAUCCCCCUCAGCCAGCAGUUUUCUACCGGGAAUCCAAUAUAUGAAACUUACUACAAACAGGUAGAUCCAGCAUACACAGGGAGAGUUGGGGCAAGUGAAGCUGCGCUGUUUCUUAAAAAAUCAGGUCUCUCUGAUAUUGUCCUUGGAAAAAUAUGGGAUUUGGCUGACCCAGAGGGUAAAGGAUACUUAGAUAAACAGGGUUUCUAUGUUGCGUUGCGCCUCGUAGCAUGUGCACAGAAUGGCCACGAUGUCAACCUGAGCAGUCUGAAUUUGACUGUGCCACCUCCUAAAUUUCAUGACACUAGCAGUCCUUUGCUGAUCACACCACCCUCAACAGAGACUCACUGGGCUGUUAGGGUGGAAGAAAAAGCAAAGUUUGAUGGUAUUUUUGAAAGCCUUUUGCCAGUAAAUGGUUUACUUUCAGGAGACAAAGUAAAACCAGUACUGAUGAAUUCAAAGCUACCUCUUGAUAUCCUAGGAAGGGUCUGGGAUCUCAGUGAUAUUGAUAAAGAUGGUCACCUGGACAAGGAUGAAUUUGCUGUGGCAAUGCAUUUGGUUUAUAGAGCUCUUGAGAAAGAGUCAGUUCCUUCACAAUUGCCCCCUUCUCUCAUACCACCUUCUAAAAGAAAGAAGACACCGGUCUUUCCUGGUGCAGUUCCUGUUCUCCCUGCAAGUCCUCCACCAAAAGACAGCCUCCGUUCCACCCCAUCCCACGGCAGUGUCAACAGUCUGAACAGUACAGGGAGCUUGUCUCCCAAGCACAGCAUCAAACAAGCGCAGCCAGCUGUGAAUUGGGUGGUACCAAUGUCUGAAAAAGUGCGGUACGAUGAAAUUUUCUUAAAAACAGACACAGACAUGGAUGGGUUUGUGAGUGGCCAAGAAGUAAAGGACAUUUUUAUGCAUUCAGGUCUGUCUCAGAAUCUCCUAGCGCAUAUAUGGGCUUUGGCAGACACGAGACAGAUUGGAAAGCUCAGCAAAGACCAGUUUGCACUCGCCAUGUAUCUCAUUCAGCAGAAGGUCAGCAAAGGGAUUGAUCCUCCACAAGUGUUAUCUCCAGAUAUGAUCCCUCCCACAGAGAGGAACACACCCAUCCAGACUCUAUCAGGUUACUUGACCCCUGUAGGAACUGAGAUCUCAGCACUAACAGAAAUGCGGCGUGAUAGUGCAAGUUCUGUUGGAUCAGGAGAAUUUACAGGAGUGAAGGAACUGGACGAUAUUAGUCAAGAAAUUGCACAGCUGCAGAGAGAAAAAUAUUCUCUGGAGCAGGACAUUAGGGAAAAGGAAGAAUCAAUCAGACAGAAAACCAAUGAAGUUCAGGAACUGCAAAAUGAUUUAGAUAGGGAAACAAGUAACUUGCAAGAGCUGGAGGCUCAAAAACAAGAUGCCCAAGACCGCCUGGACGAGAUGGACCAGCAGAAAGCCAAACUGAAGGAUAUGCUGAAUGACGUAAGGCAGAAAUGCCAGGAAGAAACACAGGUGAUUUCAUCACUAAAAAUGCAGAUUCAGUCUCAGGAAUCAGAUUUAAAGUUACAGGAAGAUGACCUUAAUAGAGCAAAAGCAGAGCUGAAUCGCCUCCAGCAAGAAGAGACUCAGCUAGAGCAGAGCAUCCAGGCUGGAAAAGUGCAGCUUGAAACAAUAAUCAAAUCUUUAAAAUCAACCCAGGAAGAAAUAAACCAGGCGAGAAGUAAACUCUCUCAGCUGCAAGAGAACCAUCAGGAAGUGAAUAAGAGUAUUGAAGAGUACAAUGAAGCUCUCAAUGGGAUUCAUGGUGGGAGUCUGACAAAUUUAGCAGAUAUGAGUGAAGGCCUUGGGCAGACAGAAAGAAGCAAUUACGGAGCUAUGGAUGAUCCAUUUAAGAAUAAAGCCUUGAUGUUUACCAAUAAUACACAAGAAUUGCAUACAGACCCAUUCCAGUCAGAAGAUCCUUUCAAAUCUGAUCCAUUUAAGGGAGCAGACCCCUUCAAAGGCAGUGACCCAUUCCAGCAUGAUCCUUUUGCAGAGCAACCACCUGCUCCAGCAGAUCCCUUUGGAGGAGAUCCGUUUAAGGAAAGUGACCCAUUUCGUAGUUCUGCCCCUGAGGAUUUCUUCAAGAAACAGGUGAAGAGUGACCCAUUUACCUCAGAUCCAUUCACAAAAACCCCCACUUUACCCUCAAAGCCUGACCCUUUUGAAAGCACUGAUCCUUUUACAUCUUCCAGUAUCUCUUCGAAAGGUCCAGAUCCAUUUGGAACACUGGAUCCAUUUGGAAGUGGUGCUUUCAGUGGUGGUGAGGGAUUUGCAGACUUCAGUCAGAUGUCAAAGUCAGUAGCUUCAGACCCCUUUGCCCCCUCUUUUGGAGGGGUGGGAUUCGCAGAUGACCCUUUCAAAAGCAAAUCAGACACACCAGCAUUACCUCCGAAGAAAAAUGUCCCUCCACGACCCAAGCCACCCAGUGGUAAAAGUACUCCUGUAAGCCACCUUGGGUCUGCAGAUUUUUCCAAGCCCCAUGAUCCAUUCCAGCCAUUUGGGGCUGGCAGCAGUGACCUGUUUCAAAGUAAAAAGGGGUUUGGGGACCCAUUUAGUGGAAAAGAUCCAUUUGCUCCCUCCUCUUCAAGUAAAACUUCUAAAGACUCUUCCUUGGGGUUUGCAGACUUCAGCUCUUUUGGAAAUGAGGAGCAGCAGCUGGCCUGGGCAAAGCGGGAGAGUGAAAAAGCAGAGCAGGAAAGACUGGCUCGGUUGCGGAGACAAGAACAAGAAGACCUCGAGUUGGCCAUUGCACUCAGUAAGGCUGACAUGCCAGACUCUUAAAGGGGGUCUCGGGCUCCACCCUGUCUAAGAGAAACCUUGGAACAAGGCUUUUAUAAAAAUACUAAAUCCUUGGUUUAUAUUGUGAAAAUAAUUUUAGUCACCUUCAGAUGGAAACAGGACUGGCUGGUUGUGUCCAACCAGGCCCUGUGUGGCUUCUCAAGUGCAUAAUCUGCAGGAAACACUGUAUAAGCUGUAUUAUAUGUUCUAGAUAAAAUUUAUUGCUUAUAAGGAAUUUAAUGUAUAAUCCUAAGGUACUGAAAGUUUCUUUAUCUGAAACACAAAUGUUGCAUAGAGUAAACUGCAGCUUGUGAAUCUGGUUUUUUAUAACCUGAAUUCCACUGGGCCUUUGAGGCUGCAGUAUGAAUUUCAAAGAAAAUGUCAUAAAAAGAGAAUAUUUAUAGAAUUAGCUUUCACUUGUUACAUUUAUUUAAUAAUUCAUGGUAGGCUAAUCAGUACAUCUUCUGUAUCAUCUAUGUCAAAGCAUAAACUCAUUAUUAGAUGGUCCCUUUUUAUCCAGAAGUCGUGGCUUUUACAAAAGAAUCUGACAAUUUAUGUAUGGUGGAUACAAACUCUGAACUCCAUAAAACAGUACAAAUUUGAAGACUCCAGAAAUUAGUAGUACUUCUAAUUAAAACAUUUGUUUGCAUUGAGUUUUAGUAAUUGUAUGCGACUAAAAGAGGGAGUGAAUUCAGUUGUAGUAAAUGGGAUAAAUAACUUAGCAGUUACAUUAUGAAGUAAAAUUUUGCUUUAUUGUAAGCGAACAGAUUGCAGGAUGGUGAUACACAUUUGGGUGCUGCUUUAAUGUGACAUCAAGAAAUCAAGUGGUGGAAAAGUUGCCAAGGUUGAGGAGUGCUCACCCUUACAACUCAUUGUACCCUCAUUUACUCCAACUCUGAGCACACAGACUAGGUUGUGUUACCCAAGUGACUGGUACAGUCCCUACCUCUGCUUCUUUAAUUCCACCUCUUUGGGGUUACAGAUCAAGCAGAUUUAGCUGAAAUCAAGCCAAGUUGAAUCAGAUUUUAGUUGCCAAAUACACAUUCACACAUCAGUUCUGGCAGCACUGUCUGGGUUGGCUCUAAAAUACCGUUUGCAGUACUCAGACCAGGUAGGAACAGGUUUUAUGUGCACUGAAUGCUUCCACCUGGAAAAGACAACACAGAAUGUGUUUGACAUUAGAAAAAUGAGUCUGUGAAUUUAAUUUGCUUACUAGAAAUGCCUUUUCUGAUUACAGGAAUUCUAAAACUUCAGUUGUGUUUGCCUUGGAAUUUUCUGUCUCAUGGAGUAGGGAUCUAGCACAACAUUUUUAAAUGUCCUCAGUCUUCUUUCCUGCCCUUUGUUCUCUGGGUAUGCAAAGCUUUCCAUUCUGGGUUUUUACUGAUGCAGCGCUUAUCUUACAACAUCUUCUCUAUUUUUUUUUUAAUGUGAUAUUCCUUCAUCAUCUUUAAUGUGUUUCUAUUUUUUACGUCCUUGCUUCCUUACUUUUAUUUUCAUACUGCAACGAUAGUGCCUGCUCAGUGAAUGAAAACAAUCUUUCCCUGUUCCGUUGGGAUUGCCUUACCCUGAAUGCUUUCCUUACACAGAGGAGUCAGAUUGGAUCAUUUUAAGCAUCUUGGUAGUUCUCAGCUCUGGAAUUCAGCCAAGAUGUGGCAUUUGUACUCUCAGGCUUUUGUGGGGAGGUAGGUGGGUGGGUGGGUGUGCAGACACACACAUCCAUCCAUGUUUAGGAUGUUAUUUUUAGGAGUCACAACUCCCCUUUUGCUGUGUGUCUGCUGUGCUAAUGGUACCAUGUGAAAUGAUGUGAACCUUUUAUUCUCAGAAGGGAAGAAGAUUUAUUUCUUAUACCAAAACCAACCAUAUAAUGAUCUUUAAUACUGUCCUUUAAUGAGCCCUUUGGGAUGCAAUAGAAGCUAUUUCUAAUUGUGCAGAACCUGAAUUGAAAUCCCUUCCUGUUGCGAUGAUUUUUCUCUAAUAGAUGUUUGAUUACAUGAUCAAGCAUACUAAAACAUCAAAAAAUUCUCUCUUCUGUUGGUGUAUAGGACUUGAAGUCUCUGAGAGCUAACUUAGGUCUGUCUUUAGGUAACAUGAUAAAACUUUUGCUGUGAAAGAGCAAUUUUCAAAAGCAAGUGGCUGCAGGAUUCUCAGUGAAGUUAAACACACUGUAUCCAUGUGUAAGAUCCUCCUGCUCACUUGGACACAAGUCCUUGUGGUGUGUCUUCUGCUACAGUAAAAUUUAGAAAGGAAUACCAGUUCUGGACUGGAUAAUGUCACUCCAGAGGGACAGGUGGAUGACUAAGUAGCUUGAUGCAGUUUUGAAGUUCUGUACAAGACUUUCUGCUGCUUUGUCAGGGCCCUAAAAUACUGAAUUUAUAAUGCUUCUAAGCCAAUGAGAUGGUGUUUUCAAGAUGUCCAGCAGGGAGGCAGAAAUGUGAAUUAAUAUUCACAUUCAUUCUAUACAGAGAUAGGGCUUGUUUUUGUAUUUCCUUAUUGACUCUCUCUCAUAUUUGCUUGGACAGUAACUGCAGAUCAACAAAUGAACAAGGACGGAACACAACAUGUUGUCUAUGCACAGUAUUAGAUUUAGGAACCUUAAGUUUUCUGAAACACUCUUGAUUCAAAAUGUUGUCACUGCAGUAGAAGAAAACCUAGCUGUGAUUUCUCACUUUGUAUUUAAUCUAGUUUUCCAUAUAAAAAGGAAGAUUCCCCACAUUCUUUCCCUAUGCUGUAACUCAGUAUUUGUACAAUACCUGCACUUGCUCUUUGAGGCAAAACUUUAUCGCAAGACAUCGAUCUUCUUCCUCCAGAACAGUGAAAUUUAAAGCACAAGCAGACCUUUUGCUAUUUGGGAAGAGAAAAUACAUACAGUGUAAGAUAUGGCAAAUGUGAAUACCCCCAGUGCAUAUACAGUGUACAGUGAGAUCCAUAUUAUUUGUGUCUAUGUGUGUGUAUAUAUAUAUAUACAUAUAUAUAUAGUAUUGUAUAAUGUAAUCAUAGUGUGUGUAUAUACUCUACAUGUCCACAUGCCACGUCCAGUAUAUAGCUCCUUGUGCUGUACAUAAAAUGUGUAUAUACAAUGAAUAUGUAGAAUAUGCAGAUAUAUUCUAUAUAUUAAAGCUUGUGUGUAUGUAUGAAUUCUGUAACCAGAGAUGGAUACAGAAUUGGAAUCUUUACAGAAAUUUAGAUUAGCUCAUGGCUCUGAGAAUUUCAAAGUCCUGGUUAAAGAAAAGAGGAGAAAUGACUUCUAAUCAAUUUGUAUCAAGAUUUCUUUCAUUGACAUGAAAAACUGUGUUCAUUAGCUGUGCCAGGUGUAAGAGAACCCUGGCAGAAAGUAGUAAUCAUCUGCGCUGGAUGUAAUUUCACAUUCUUCGGAGUUUUUAAAGUAUCUGUUUGGAAUGUAGGCUCAACUGCUGAUCUUGCAUGUCAUCUUUCUUCUCUGGGCUGAGGCAAUGAGUUUUUCUCCUAUGUUUGCUUGUAGUUUCACUUCCCUCUUUCCUUUUUUUGCCUUUAUAAAAAAUGAUUUGUAAGGAGCUCUUCUCAUACACACACUCCAAACAGUCACAGGCAAAGGUGGAAAGCGUGUUUUUCUUGCUUCAUUCCAGUUAGAUUGGUUGUGCAUAAUUGUCAUUUGGAUUCCAGUUCUGGUUUUCCUCCAUUUCCACCUGAGCUUUUACUUCAGGAGGAACGACUCUCCAUUGCAUAUUUGGCUUAGACGGAAGAGUGGGGGUGAUUCUGCUUUCUACUUAGAUAAAUUAUUAGACUCUGUGGUACCUUGAGCAAUCACUAAGAGUUUAGGAGGGUUUUAUGGUGGCAUAUGGUUUUAUGUAUGUUUUAUACAGAAUAUACACUACUGGAAUGACUCAUGGAAAGCCCUGGAUUGCACAGAGCACUGAGGCACAACAGUUAAACAGGACAGACAGACAAUUACUCACGUUGAACCUGCACGUGCAGACAGUGCACGUAGGACACAGGUACUGAAUUACUGCAUUACCCUUCACAGAACUGUGUUCACAUUUGCCUUGAGUGGUUUCCCUCAGUUACCUUCAAACUGUGUCGCUGUAAAACCUCCCAGUCACCUUGCAAUAAAACCAGAUGCUCAUAAAAAUCAUACUUCCACAAUAAUGCUGUAUGAAAUAUUUUUAUAUAGGCAAAUUUUUCCUUAUGGAACCUCUGCCCUGUGAGGGUCAUCAGUCCUUCCUAUAUCUUAUUCCAUGUACUGUGCUCUCGAAGUGUAAGAAAUUCCAAGCUGUGUCUGUGUAAGCCCUUUUUUUUUUUUUUCAUUCCCAUCUGUGAAAUCCGUUAGCAGUAUUGUAGAGAUUAUUUUGUCAUCUUAUGCUCAAAGAUAAUGCACUUUUCUUGGAUUCUUCUUAUAAUCCUUCUGGGGUUACUAUUUCUUCUUCAGUGUUUCUCCAUUGAGAAGAACAUUUGUUCUGUAGAGCCGUGGCCCAAGGAGUUUUGGUCCAAAUAGAAUUGUUGCUUUCCCUUGUGUAAGAGUUUGAUUUCUCCUUUCUUCUGCAUUUUAUUCCUCCCUCUCAGGAGUUUCAUUUCUGUUUAAUCCUCAUUUAGAGCUGGAACUCUUUUGAAGGGAAUUGAUCUCUGCUAUUAAUGAUCUAAUUCAAUUAUCUUCCUUACUAGUGGAACAGCCAAGUUUUUUGUUAUAUAUUUGGUUAUAUAUUUCAUCUAUGUAGACUUCACAACAACCAUCUUUUCCUAGAAAGGAAUUUUGCUUGCAGUAUGAUGGAAUCAUAGAAGAUUUUAUUUUUAGAGUAAAUAUGUUAACUAUAAUUCAUUGACACACCUGUUUGAUCAGUUGAUAUACUGCUCUUUUUACUUGAAAGUUUUAUAAAUAAAGGCUAAUUUGUUAUAAAAUGGAAUUUUCAUUUUUCCAACUUCUGCCUCUCCCUUUAAGUUUCAAAGGAAAACUCCUAGUGACUGUGGUUCCUUCUGCUGUUGCAAGUAUGGAGUGCUCUUCUGGUGUCCCUUUUAAUAUACCAUUAUUCAGUCUGAUUUGAAAAAGGUGGAAACACAAAGCAGAACCUGCAAUGGUGACCUAAAUCUGACUAAUAUCUCCAAAUAUGUACAUUAUUGUGGUUAUAUUUAUCUUUCAAAUGUUAUAACAAAUUGUGAGGUAUUUUAAUUUUAACCCAUCUCAUGUGUUUAUUGUUUAAUAUAAGAGAAAUGUUACUGUUUAAUAUAAUAAAUGAAAAGUUACUUUUUGGA